AUGACUGAUUCUGAAAGAGCUGAAGCUGCUAAAAAAGACGCAGCAUAUUCUAAAAUUGUUUGUGUUUGUGAAAAGGUUACAGAAGGAGAUGUCAAUGCUGCUAUUGAUGAAGGUGCUAGAACUGUAGAUGCAAUUAAAUUAAGAACAAGAGCUGGUAUGGGAAGAUGCCAAGGUUCAUAUUGUACUCCAAGAGUCAUGGAAAUUCUUUCAAAAAGAUUGAAUAUUCCAAUGACUGCUGUUGCAAAGAAUUAUCCAGGAUCAGAAAUAGCACCAUACAUUGCUGGUGGAGAAGAAAAGAAACUUACAGAAGAAUAUCCAUCAUGGGAAACAAUCCCCAAACCACACAUUACAAAACCAUGUAAUGGUGAAACUGUUGAACGAAAAGAAUUUGAUAUUGUAGUAGUUGGAGGUGGACCAUCUGGACUUGCAGCAGCCAAAGCAGCACUUGAAACAAAGAAAGAUCUUAAGGUUGCUGUUAUUGAACGUAUGGAAAGAGUAGGAGGAGUUUUAUUACAAUGCAUUCAUUCAGGAUUUGGACUUGGAAGAUAUGGAGAAGAAUUGACAGGACCAGAAUACGCAUAUAGACUUGGUGAAGAAACAGAAGCUGCAGGAGCAGUACUUAUGGUAAAUACAUAUGUUACUGAUGUUGAAAAUAAAGGAGAAGAAUAUGUUGUUAAAGCAGUUGUUUAUGGAACAGCACCAGUUGAAAUUCAUGCCAAGAAAUGUAUCUUUACAGUUGGAUGUCGUGAAAGAUCAAGAUUUGGUAUUAAAGUAGCAGGUACUCGAUGUGCAGGUGUUAUGACAGCCGGACUUGCACAAGCAUUAGUUAAUUAUAAAGGAAUUCUUCCAGGAAAGAAAGUUGUAAUUCAAGGAUCUGGAGAUAUUGGAUUGAUUAUGGCAAGAAGAAUGGCUCUUGAAGGAGCUAAAGUACUUGGAGUAUAUGAAAUUCUUCCAAAAAUAUCAGGUUUACAAAGAAAUGUAGUACAAUGUUGUAAAGAUUUUAAUAUUCCAAUUCAUUUGUCAGAGGUUGUUACUAGAAUUAAUGGAUAUCCACGUAUUACUUCAGUGAUAAUGACAAAAUGUGAUCCAAAGACACUUGCACCAAUUGCAGGAACAGAAUAUGAAAUUGAAUGUGAUUGUCUCUUAUUAUCUGUUGGACUUAUUCCACAGCCAGAUUUAACUCAACAAGCUGGACAUAAUGUACAAUUAAAUCCAAGAACUAGAGGACCAAUUGUAGAUGGAUUUAGAUGUGUUGAAAAAGGAAUUUAUGCAGCUGGUAAUCAAUUACAUGUACAUGACCUUGCAGAUGAAGCAUCCAAUGAAGGAGCUAUUGCAGGAGAAGCUGCAGCACUUUCAUUAGGAGGAGAAAAAGAAGCAAUUAAAGUUAUUCCAGCACCAGAACUUCUUUAUUGUGUACCAGAAAGAGUAGUUAUUAGUGAUAAGAAACAAAAAUUAUCAUUUAGAUUUAGACAAGACUUUGGAAGUGCACAUGUUAUAGCAAAAGUAGGAGAAACUAUUAUUGGAGAAGAAGAAAUUGAACAUGCUAUUCCAGCAGAAAUGGGACAUGUUUGGGUAAUUCCUAAAGAUUGUCAAAUUGGACAAGAAGUUACACUUACAGUUAUUCCUAAAGCACAUGAAGAAGUAACAGAACAAAAAGAAGGAGAAAUAGUAAAACAUAUGAAUUGUAUUAACCAUUUAGAGUAUUUUCAACAACUCUUCCAGUAG